AUUUAUUUGCUUACUCGUGUUUUUCGAAGCAUUGAAAACCUCUUUUUCUAUAAAUAUAAUCCACUUCUUUCUUUUAAGAACACCGUGGAAGUUAUGGAUGAGUGGUUCAAGAAAUACGGUGACAUCUACGGGAUGUUCAAUGGCGACGCCCCUUUUGUCAUGGUGAAGGACAUUGAACUUUUGAGGCGUGUGUUCGUCAGCGAUUUCGGUCAGUUCGUGGAGAGAGGGACUGUAUGGAGAUCCGUGAACAACAACCGGGCGUUUUGCAACGUGGUUAGCUUUGCGCGUGUGGACCGGUGGAAACCCAUACGGCGCUGUCUCUCUUCGGCUUUCACGGCCAACAAGCUGCGAGCGUUUGUUCCAGGCAUGGUCGAAGCCGUGGACACCUUCUUGGAGAUCCUGGAAGAGCAAAGCUUUCGCGAAGGUCCGGCUGGUGAACAGCUCGACGUGCGACCUUACCUGAACACCAUGGCGUUCGACGUGGUUGCCAGGACCACGUUUGGUAUGCGUCUGGACGUCCAGAAAAACCCGAGCAACCCCCUUUUCGUGCACGCCACGUCGGUAAUUCCGCGAACAGUCGCCACCCUCUUCCGCACGGCGAUCCAGCUUUUCUCGGACGUGAAAGGCUGCAUGCAUCUCAUGCUGACCUUGGAACGAUGGCUCGGAUACGAUGCGUUACAGUCGCUGGCCAAUUGCGCCAAACCCGCCAUCGAAAUGCGGAGAAAGGACUCGAAGCUGGCACGACCAGACCUUCUGCAGUGCAUGCUGGAAAUGGAAUUUGACAAAACCCAGAUAGACGUGAAUGGAUUCAACUGGACCAAGGAGGAAUGGGAACAAUGCAAAGGAAAGGAGAAUGUUACAAUGCCCGUUAAAGACGUUGCUGCCAAUGCUGCCAACAUGCUUCAAGCCGGGUUCGAGACUGUGGGGGUCACGCUGUCGCACUGCCUGUUCUGCAUCGCCAAGUUUCAGGCGGUCCAGGACAAAAUCAGAGCUGAAACUGAAGCCGUCCUGGCGAAACACGGGGAGUUCACCUUCGACGCCAUUUCCGACCUACAGUACACUUCACAGACAAUACUGGAAACACUGAGAAUGUACACCCCAGUGAUUGCGUUUACAACCAGACGCGCGUCCUCUGACUACCGCUACGAAAAUAUGCUUCUGCGCAAAGGUGUGAGCAUCUUGGCCUGCAGUCACCGAGUUCACCAUGACCCGAACCUGUGGGAGCGACCAGAUGAAUUCGACCCAGAAAGGUUCUCCCCCGAACAGAGAGCGUCCAGAGACCCGCUUGCCUUCCAAGCGUACGGCUUGGGACCACGAAACUGUGUCGGCAUGAAACUGGCGCAAUUGGAAAUGACGCUCGUUGUUGCCAAGCUCGUUCACCGGUUUCGGCUGCAUCUGGGCUCGAAACACGUUAACGGUGAACUGAAACGACACACAUACUCCAUCAUUGCAUGCCCCGUGGAUGGAGUCUGGAUCCGUCUUGAAAAGCUCACGGGUGGAUCAUAGCAAGACAGAUCGAGUACGCAACAAUUUUUCAAGCGAGUCCAGUCAACCAAGCAUCAUUUCCCGUCGCGCACGCAGAAGACAAAAUCACAGCGAAGGGGCUGCAAGUGUUCCUGUGUAUCAAGCAACAAAGAAAAUGCACAGCAGGCAGCGUCAUUUCAGAUACGAAAGACCUCUGUCGGUUCUCUGCAAACUGCUCCUGCCUUGUAUUUCACAUAAUGCGUCACUGUUAAAUAAAUGCUUAUUGCAUAAACAUGUGGAAUUUAGUAUAAACAUGAUACGCUCAGUGUUCCGCCAUUGAUAUCUGCAUCCCCUUUUGCCAUCUUACAAUUCAUGCCAACAAGAGUGAAAUAUUUAACUAGACUCUGAAGAAAUUUAUCUCGCUCGAUAAAUUUUUAGCUAUUGUGAAAGACUCUUCUCUUUAUUGAAUUUUGCCGUGCCCUCUGUGCAGGGUAGCAAACCAGAACCUCGUCAGGUUUACAUCCCCCAUUUCCUCUCCUUGCUGUGAUUGGUUGGUCCAUUCGGCGACAGAACAGCCACGCAGCUCCCAUGGUCACGAAACCCGUUCGCAAAGAAAAGCUUCGCUUUUAAACCACUUGAAAGACGGAACGUGACAUCACAAAAAGAAUAGUUUUUUUUCUGAAGCCACGUUAUUUGCAGAUAAGGUAUUGCUAUAUCUUUGACACCAUUCUGAAUAAACCUAUAGUGCCUGCUUGGCAA